AUGGGACCUGGUAAACCAGCUUAUUGGGGUCCAUUAGAAUCAUUGUUUUCCACAAAUGAUUCAAAUCUAAAAAGUAACAGAAGUUGCAUAUUUGUUACUCCUGGUUGUGGAAGUUCUUUACAUGACAGAGCUGUUGAAAUUUUUUAUCAAAUUAAAGGUGGAAAAGUUGAUUAUGGUGAAGAGCAUUCUAAAUUAUUUGGUCAUUCUCGAUAUGGACGUGAAUAUCCUGGAUUAUAUUCAGAAUGGAGUGUUUCUAAACCUCUUCAUUUUCUUGGUCAUUCACUAGGUGGUACAACUAUAUGGAAGCUUCAACAAUUGCUUGCAAGUGAUAUAUUUCCAUCAUCUUAUAAUGCACAUCCUGACAUGAUUAGAUCUUUAACGGCUUAUUUUGACAUUAAAUGGUUGAAAAAAGUUACUUAUGAUUUUAAUGUUGAUCAUUGGAAUUUUAAUACAAUAAAAAGUACUAAAAUAAAUCCAUUCAGCACAAUUUCUGAAUAUUUAAUUAAUAUUUUUCAAAGUAAAAAAGUAAAGGAUUCUAAUUAUCUUAAAGAAAGGGAAGGAGAUGAUGAAAUGGUUGAAAUUGAUGAAUCUUUAAACAAAAAUUCAAAUAAUAUUUGUGUUAGUAAACAUGGAUUAUUAAAAUGUUUAUUUAAAAGUCCUUGGUUAUAUUUCAAAGAUAAUGCUCCUUAUGAUAUGACAAUACAUGCAAUGAAUGAUUUAAAUUCAACAAGUAAAACUUUUAAAAAUACCUAUUACAGAACCUAUGCUGCAUCAAUGACGCAUGAAGAUCCUAUAACAAAAUUUCAUAAGCCAAGUUUUUCUUUUUCAUUGCCAUUAGCAAUUUAUUUUUUAUCAUAUGGAAUUGGUAGAUUCCGAUUUCAAGAUAAUACAAUAUCUUCAGAAGAUCAUGUUCCACCACCAUUAUCACAAGAAGAAUUACACAAAUGGUAUGAGAAUGAUGGAGUAUGUCCAAAAAUUUCUCAAUCACAUCCUCAUUACAAAUGUGAAGAUGCUGGUAAAUGGUAUGUUUGGGAAGUUGAUAAUACAACACACUUUAGUUUGAUUCCUGUUUGGACCGGCAGUGAGCAACAGUUAUUAUUUUUCAAUGGUUAUAAAAAUUAUUUAGAUAUUAUAGAAAGAAUUAGCAAAUGA